AUGGUUUUAUACACUUCCUCAUUUCCCAACAGCUUUCUGUCAGUUCUGCAUUCUUUUUCCUGGGGCCUGAUUUUCCCAUGUUACUGGUUAGCAGAUAGGCUUGUGGCCUCUUUUGUUCCAACAACCUAUGAGAAACGUCAGAGGGCAGAUGAUCCGUGCUACUUUCAUGCGCUCUGCAUCAUCAUUACCACUCCCAUCUACCUGGCGCUGUUGGUAGCCUCUCUGCCUUUUGCUCUGAUUGGCUUCCUGCUGUGGUCCCCACUGCAGUCAGCCAGAAGGCCAUAUGUCUACUCCAGACUAGAAGACAAGAGCCGUGCCAAUGGAGCCACGCUGCUCACUGAGUGGAAGGCUGCAGGCAGUGGGAAAAGCUUCUGCUUUGGCAGUGCCAAUGUUUGCCUGCUGCCGGAUUCUCUGGCGAGGUUUAAUAAUGUUUUCAACACACAGGCUAGGGCCAAAGAGAUUGGCCGGAGGAUCCGAAAUGGGGCAAGCAGACCGCAGAUCAAAAUAUAUAUAGAUUCUCCUACCAACACAUCCAUCAGUGCAGCAAGUUUUAGCAGCUUGGUCUCCCCCCAGGGUGGAGAGAACACUAAUCGUACUGUUAAUGCUGGCAUCAAAAGGACAACAUCCAUGGAGUAUAAAGGAGACAAUUCUGGCUCAAACAACAGUGAGGACAGUCGAGAAGAUAAAGGUGGAGCUGGUGAGCCAAAUGAGGGAGAAGAAAACACUUGCAUUGUCCGCAUAAAUGGAGAGGAAAAUGGCCACAUGUCAGACACAGAAACAGAUACCGUCAAUGGCCAGGCUCAUGCCAGUGGUCCAGCUGAGCCCUCGCUGGAAGGUGAUGCGGAGAUCUCAAAAACGCCUAACCACAAACAGAAGGAAGGAGAUUCUGGGAGUUUAGACAGCUACUCUGCCUCACGAGAGUCCUUAGUUAAAGUUCACGUUGGAGAUGGUACAGUGGACCAAAGCACUGUCAACAACAAGCUCCUCUACAAAGCUUCGAUCAUGAAGAAGACUUCAGUGCGGAAAAAGAAACAUAUGGAUGAGACCUUUGAUCAUGAGAUCUCUGCUUUCUUCCCUGCCAACCUGGACUUUCUGUGUUUGCAGGAAGUGUUUGACAAAAGAGCUGCAGAGAAAUUGAAAGAGCAGCUCCAUCACUAUUUUGAAUACAUUGUCUAUGAUGUUGGGGUCUACAGUUGCCAUGGCUGCUGUAGCUUCAAGUUUGUGAACAGUGGUCUGCUUUUUGCCAGCCGCUAUCCUGUUAUGGAUGCUGCCUAUCACUGUUACCCCAACGGAAGAGGAACAGACUCCUUGGCUUCCAAGGGAGCCUUGUUUCUCAAGGUACAAGUGGGAAGUACACCUCAGGACCAAAGAAUCGUGGGAUACAUCUCCUGCACUCACUUGCAAGCUAUUGCAGGAGAUACUACUGUUCGAUGUGAGCAACUGGACAUGCUUCAAGAUUGGCUGUCUGAAUUCAGAAAAUCUACCUCCUCCUCCAGCACAGCCAAUCCCGAGGAGCUGGUGGCUUUUGAUGUCAUCUGUGGAGAUCUCAACUUUGAUAACUGCUCCUCUGUGUUUACACGCUACAAAGACCCAUGUCGAGUUGGUCCUGGGGAGGAUAAGCCAUGGGCAAUUGGUACCUUGUUGGAUCCUGAAGGGCUGUACGAUGAAGAAGUGAGCACUCCAGAUAACCUACAGAAGGUGCUGGAAAGCGAAGAAGGAAGGAAAGGAUACUUAGUCUAUCCCACCAGCAAGAACCACAGCUCCAGUCAAAAGGGGAGGAAGGCGUCACUGAAGGGGAAUGGGAGGAGGAUUGACUAUAUGCUUUACACAGAAGAAGGUCUCUACCUGGAAUGGAAAGUGGAAGUGGAAGAGUUCAGCUUUAUUACCCAGUUGGCAGGCCUGACAGACCACCUACCAGUAGCAAUGCGUCUCAUGGUGUCUACAGGAGAAGAUGACCCUUAACACUGACGAUCUUGGAGAGAGCAGAAGAGGGAAGCGUUAACGAUAUUCAGAAAAUAGCAGAGGAUAAGAACAAACUGUUCUGGUGCCACAUUAGGAAAGACGACCAGACCUGACCCGGGCGACUCGCAGACCGUACCAACAGUGGCGACACGGAAAGGAAGAGAAGAAGGGGCGGCGGCCAACAGCCACUGUCACAAGUUGCUCUGGCAAGGACAGGCCUGUACUGCAAUGCUUUCACUGUGGACCAAACGGAACCAAGAUGGAAGUCCUAAUUCCUUCUGAACCAGUGCCAUUCUUACUAAAACAUGUUUUUAUACUAAUAUAUAGCACAAUUUAGUUUGUAAUUAGUCUGUGAGUUAGUGCCGCUCAAUGGUUUUUUGCAUCAUUUCUUUGUAUAACUACGAAGCUAAAGCUUUUCUUCUUUUUUUAGCCUGUUAAAGUUGUAGUAGCGUGCUUGCAUCAGUAGCAUGCGCCCGCACUGCAUGCCACUCUGAGAUAAAAUAGUCAGUAAGAUACCAUGGGGAAUAUCGGAAUGGAAGUGAGCUCCAAAAUCAGACACCAGCCAAAGCAAGGCGUUCUGGGACUGGCAAACCCUUCUGUCAUUACAGAUAGACCUUAAACACAACAAACACAAACUCUGUUCAGUUUGCAGACCAGGAUCUUCCUGUGCGAUUUAAAGAUACUUCAAAAGAUUCGCAAUUCAGAC